AUGUCUCCGCACCAUAUCGUUGUCCGGCUGGCUGCAGUCGUGCUGCUUGCUACGUCAACGACUGCUGCCGCGUCUGCUAGUCUGAGGCAAAGGGAACACUCGGCUCGCAGCUUCGGGAUUGACAAACAAGACGUUUCGAAGGGGAGACCCGCGCGCACGGAUGAUAACAGCGCAAAGAACGACGACUUCGACCAAGAAGCGAGGGCGGCGUUGGCUGUAAACAGUCCAGCCGGUUCCUUUACGGACCUUUUCAUGAAAUGGGGUUCGUCUCUGCUUCACGAGAACGCCCCAGCUGGUGGCAAACCACUUAUGGGACUCGGCCAUUCGAGUGGGAACGAGCUCAGUAAGGCCAAACUGGACCUUUUGCUUCAGCAUUAUCUUCAGCAGGGCCGAGAGAUGGAUGUCACCGCAACAACGAUUCUGAACUUCAUACCGGUCAGCCGACUGGCCGAGAUGGAGAAGGACUACCCGGGCUUCAAUACGGUGAUAUCGAAGGCCUGGGUGAAGGAAGGCAAGUCGGCCGACGACGUUAUGCGGCUUUUGGAGCUGACCGGGAUCGGACCAAAGAUUAUGGAUCACCCGAAUCUUGGCCUAUACAUCAGGUUCAGGUACGUGCUGAAUGAGAAACUUGCUACACAGAAACUCGCGAAGCAGGAACUCGCUAGACUUUCGCAAGAGCACACCCGCUAG